UAGAAUCAGGAUUCGUCGUCAGUGGUUGUUUAUUUUAUAGAUUAAGUUUAUUGAUCCAUCAGUACUUAGUUUUUACAACCUGAGUGCAUGUCGUAUUAUUUGCUGUGAAAAUAAGUGAACACAUUGCAAACACAAUUAAACGCUUCAUCAACAUCUACAUAACUUAAACAAGUGUUAAUUUAAAUUUUCCGAAUAGCUCUUUUCUAAGUCUACGCGGGUUUAAAUAUAUCCUAAUAAUUAUGGAAAGUUUAAAUAUCAUGUUCAAAGUGUUAAUUUUUAUAGUUUCCUUAAAUAUACGAGUAGUUUUUUCAUAUGAAGUGGAUACAUACGAUUUUCUCAUGCCAAAUGUGUAUCCCCAUAGAGAUGAACUAUAUCUAUGUACGCCUAUCAGAAUAUCACCAACACAAAACUUUUACAUAGUUGGCUUCAAACCCAACGCGACUAUGCAUACAGCACAUCAUAUGCUUUUAUAUGGUUGUUCCGAGCCGGGGUCUAAUGAUUCUGUGUGGAGCUGCGGCGAAAUGCAAAGCAGUAAAGUGGAUAGCAUGUACGCUACGUCGAGCCCCUGUAGUAAUGGAUCACAGAUUGUAUACGCAUGGGCCCGUGACGCACCGAGUCUGGAGCUGCCGCCAGAUGUCGGGUUCCUCAUUGGCCGCGAUUCGCCAAUCAAAUACCUUGUGCUACAAGUCCACUAUAUGUCCAAAUUUCCUGCUGGCAAAACGGACAAUUCUGGCGUUUUCCUGAAAUAUACACAAGCAGUUAUGCCCCGACAAGCUGCCGUUCUACUCCUUGGCACGAGUGGAGUGAUCGCCCCACACAAGGUGGAACAUAUGGAGACAGCUUGCACUCUGCGAGAGGACAAAGUGAUCCACCCCUUCGCGUUCCGCACCCACACACAUAGCCUUGGCCAACAAGUAUCCGGCUACGUGGUGCGGAAGUCGAUGAGCGGGGACGACUGGUCUCUAAUAGGCACCAAGGACCCGCAGAAGCCCCAAAUGUUCUACCCCGUUGUGUAUAAUAGCCCCAUCGGCAAAGGGGACAUAUUGGCCGCGAGGUGCAUUAUGAAAAAUGAUCACGAUUAUAUGGUGAAGAUUGGAUCAACGAACCAGGAUGAGAUGUGUAACUUUUACCUAAUGUACUGGGUGGAAAAUGAUACUCCACUUGAUAUGAAGUACUGUUUCUCGAUCGGACCACCAUUCUACUAUUGGAAUACGGCCCCAGAGGAGUUUAAUCGAAUCCCCGAUAUAGACGACAAUAGCGUGUAAUUCUCGAACUUCUGGCGCAGGUAAUAAGGUUGAAUGUACCUAUAAAGUAACUGUCAUUGCAUAAUAUUAUAUAUAGGAAAGUAAUUGAGAAUAACUUGAGUUAUUUGAUAGGUAUUUCUUUAGUGGGUCAACUUGAUGUUUUGAUGUAUGAGUAGUUUUAUUAGUGAAUACUAUAAUGAUUUAUUUUGACUUCGGCAACGUUAUUUGUCGGUGUUUAAUAGUAAUUCCGAAUACAUUCCUAAAUUUGAAUUUAACUUAUUGAAAUAUUUUUUAUCAUGAUCUAGAAUUGUUGUUAUUAAUUGUCUAUAUUUAUUAUAUAUUAUCUGUGUUAUUAUUUUUUACAUACUUAAAUAUCACUUAUUAUGAUUUAGUGGUUUUUUGUCUUAAAGACAACUUAAAAAAAAUUAUACAAUGAUACAUUGAUAAAGAUAAAAUAAAAUUCAUUACUCUAUUAAAUAACUUAUAAAAUUGUGUUAUAUAUACUGAAUCUAGUUUUAUAAAAAUUUUAACAUUGUGUCAAAGAAUAAAUUAACUUUUUAAUCGCGCUUAACUAUGCUCAAAGAAAAUAUCACACUAAAACUAUUGGGAUUUGAAAUAGUCGAUUAUUUAUAAAUAUAAUUAUUCAUAAUAUCAUAUUCGUAUAAAAACAUUUAAUGCACAAGAAUGUGGUUAAUGUAUGAGAUUCGAGAGAUUAUUUUAGGUUAUUGAAAAAAAAAAAA